AUGACGCGAGACAUUUUUGGCAAGUGGCUCGCCGACUUCGACAAGGAGAUGGUCCGAAAGAAGCUCAAGGUGCUGAUGUUGCUUGACAACUGCAGUGCGCAUCACGUCAACGCACACUUGAGCACUGUAGAGGUUUUGCUCCUGCCCCCAAACACUACCGCCAAGCUGCAGCCCAUGGACCAGGGGGUUAUUGCCAACUUUAAGGUCCACUACCGGCGCCGAGUGAUCGAGCGCCUCCUGAUUGAUGUUCACGCUGCCGACAACGUGGCCGGCAUGAAGGUGCCUUUGGUAAAGGCGAUUUUCUUCGCAAGCGGAGCCUGGAGGGAUGUGAAGCACCUGACCAUCGCCCACUGCUUCGAGAAAGCCGGCUUCUCCCGAAGCAGCAGCACAGAGGCGGCGCCUGCUGGGGACGAAGCUACCGCGAUUGACGUCGCUGCAACCACUGAUGCUGCCGCCGCGACGGACUUCACGACUGAAGAAGCUGCCGAGAGUGUCAUGGAAGAGACCUUGGUGGACAGCGCCUCCGACAGCGAAUGCGACGAUGCUAGUUGUGCCCCUAAGCCGGUCACCUCCGCAGCGGCCAUCGCAGCUGUUGACACGCUACGGACGUACCUCAGGAGUCCGGAGUUCGACCAGAUCAUUGGUUCGCAGUUGGAUGCCGUGGCAGAUGAGAUCGCCCACGCGGCGGCGACCAACGCUGCCGCCAGCAGUGCCACAGUGCAUACGCCGGCUGGCAGCAACUGCACGCAUGCGCGGGACGGCCCUUCUCAGCCUUCUCCCUCGUACCAGCCCCGCACGCUGUCUCCUCGCCGCAGGGGCACGUCGGCUGGCCUCCUGUCAACAUGA